AUGGUUUAUCACCAACCUCGGGCCUCUGCGGGGCCGUUCUUGGCAAUCGCAAUUGACUUUGGAACGACGUACUCGGGUGUUUCGUACGCACUCUCGACAUAUUCCGAUUCGAUAGUCCCGAUUACUGGAUAUCCAGGCAGUGAAGUCGGAUACAAUGAUCCCGUCCAGGUUCCAAGCGUCCUCGAUCUCGAGACGGGAAAAUGGGGUUACGAGGUGGCGCCGAGCAUGAAGCCCAUGAGGUGGUUCAAGAUGUUACUCCUCAGGGAAGAAGACAUGGGAAAGGAUACUAUACAGGACGCAGUAUACGUGAGAGAAGCGAGACAACAGCUCCGAGAGCGAGGAAGAUCAGCCGAGAACGUGGUUGCGAUAUUCCUAUCCAAACUCUGGGAGCAUACUUUGGCCCAGCUUGGAACGAAGAUGCUCGACGGUCUGCCAUUCAAGGUUGCCAUUACUGUGCCCGCCAUUUGGCCACCAUACGCCGAAGAGGCCAUGAGACGAGCGGCGCAAGCAGCGGGCAUUCUCGAAUACCGACAUGCUGGCGAUACGACUCUGGAGCUUAUCCAGGAACCUGAAGCUGCGGCGCUUUCAAUAUUACUUGAGCGGAGGAGUCUACCGGAGAUUGCGGCAAGCUGGAAACUCAUUUGUCGUUUGCGACGCAGGAGGUGGCACAGUUGUAUCUAUAUGAUCAACUCUACGAGUCCUUAUCAGGUCAAAGAAUGCGUAACCGGAGACGGCAAGCUGGCAGGGGCGACAUUGAUCGAUGAAGCAUUCGUGAACCAUCUCUACACCAAGACGAGCCUCAAGAUCAACGACCUCGGGCGUGACGAAUACCAAUCCUUCAUGGCGCGAUGGGAGAUGAACCCGAAGAGACUAUUCAACGGCCAACCCGAGCAGCCCGAUUUCGUGUUUGAUGCACCCAUCAAGGCAGUCAGGGCAUGGAAUCGGGUGAGGAAAAAGACCGAGUUUCGAUUAACCAGCGAGGAGAUGAGAUUCUUCUUUGACAAGUCGUAUACUGGUAUCCGAAUGUUGAUUAGCGAGCAACUCAGACGAGUAAAACAGGCGACGGGCCAAAGACCGAAUCACAUCUUCCUUGUAGGCGGAUUGGGCGACUCUCCUUAUAUUUACAAUAAGCUCAAAGCUCUAUAUGAAAACAUCACAGUACUCCGGCCCCAUUCCCGGUGGUCAGCCGUAGCGUCUGGUGGUGUUAUGCGGCUGCUACGAGACGGCAUCGUCACCCAUGCAUCGUCCAGUCAAGAAAAGGAGAGAAUUCUAAGGUCUCUCCCCGAGGUCACCUCUCGCAAGUCACGAUAUAGCUAUGGCAUCGCAGUAAGAUGCAGCGUCGAAUUCCUCGACGAUUUUGACAAGGAUAAGGACGAAGUCGAGAUUGAUGCAGAGGGGAGGAACGUCACGUAUCGGAUGAAGUGGUAUCUAGUCAAGGGUGAGGAAGUACUACGCCAUUCACCAGUCAAGGUCCCCUACACAAAAUACGUCCAAGACGAGCUCCCACCCAAAUGCAUCUUUUCCAUCAGAUACAGCCGCGCGUCCGAACCGCCCACAAGACGCGAAGGCACAAAGAUCCUCUGCCAGAUCGAGUGCGACUGGGAUAAACCCAUCGAUCAAUGGAAGCGAGUAGGAAAUCCCUCUGAAGGGUGGAGGAAGUACGACGACCUUGCACUAGCCAUGACAUUUGAGGGGGGUCAGCCAAAGUGGCAUCUGCGGGUGGGGACCAAUACAGAGGUGCAGAAUGUUCAGAUUAAGUACAUGGACUGA